AUGUCUUCUCGUAUGUUUACUCGCACUCUGCUGAGAGUGGCUCAAAUUGGCUCGCAGUCGUCGCAUCGAUUCGCACGCCCUUCCACGAUGGCCCGCUACGCUCUUACUGGUCCUGCCAGAUCGCUACACGUUUCUGCUGCCCGCUACAACCAGCAAAGCGAGAGAGUUGCUCGCGUUCUAGAAAGCGAGAUAGCUCUGGAAACCGAAGAGGCCGUGAAAGCUCUUCCAGAAGCCAUUGAAUCGUUUUUGCAGAAAAAUGAGUUUAGUGUUGUUGAAUCUGCUGGCAAAAAUAUUACCGAGGUGACGAAAAAGACUACCGACGGGGAAACCGUGCGUGUGUUUUUCGACGUUGCACAGGUAGCAAAUUUGCCCUACGACACAGCGGCUAUGGAGUCCGAGACAACACCCUCCGAGGAAGAGGACUUUGAUAGCAUGUCCGACAAUUUUGCGAAUGUUAACGUGGUCGUUGUCAAGGACGCUGAUCAAUCCGCUCUCUCGUUCGAUUUGCUCAUGAACUUGCAAGAGGGUACCUUCUUCGUCGACAGCGUUACUCCUCACACCAGCGCCAACGCCGCUUUGAACGAGAGUGCUGAAGCAGAAGUCGCACGCGAACUUGUCUAUCACGGUCCACCUUUCUCUAACCUCGACGAAGAGCUACAGGAAUCUGUCGAGGUUUACCUGGAAAGUAGAGGUGUCACCGAAGAGCUUGCGUCGUUCAUUGGUUCUUACUCCGAGUUCAAAGAGAACAAAGAAUACAUACAAUGGCUUAAGAAAAUGAAGACCUUUUUCAGCCAGUUGACAGGCCUUUAA